ACUGCAAAUGUGGUAAAUCAAACGCGUGUGUAAACAAACAACAUCAACAUUAAAUUUCCUAAAUUAAUAAACUAACAAAUCACAAAAAUGGUAGGAGAAACUAAGAAACGAAGUAAAAAUGCGUCUACUUCAUCAUCAACACCACAAACUCCAGUGAAACUUAUAAAAGAAGAAGUUUUUAGUAACGCUAUUGAGUUUGAAGAGAAGGAAGAAAGUAAAUUCAAUCGAGAUCAAUUCAAAACAUGCUUCACUGAACUUAACAAACUUAUUCAGGAAGUGUCAGAUUUGAAAUCAAAGAACACUGAAGAGGCAAAGAAGAAAAUUGUGGAAAAACGAAUUCAAGGCUCGUUGAUUAUCGUUAAAUUGAAGAAGUUGAAUCGUCUUGAUAAGAUUCGUCUCGCUAAUCGACGUGAAUUGCUUGCAAAAGAGAAACUCAACGUUGACAGUAACCGCCUUAAGCUACAGAAUCUCAUCUACGAAGCCGAUCAUCUUAAGAAAGAAAUCAAUAAAUGUAUAUCGUUCAAAAGUGAAGAUGAAGACAUCAAAUUGGUUUCGAUGGAAGAAUUCUUAAAAAUUGCUCCAGAAGAAAGUCGAACGCCAGAAAUUCUCGAAGAUAAACAUGCGCUUCGUAUGGCUCGUUUAGAGUUUGAAUUACAACAAAGAAAAGAAUAUGCAAAACAAUGCAAAGAACUUGAGAAGGAAAAAGAAGAAGUUGCCGAGAAAAUUGUUGCUUUAAAGGAUAAUUUGGAUUCACUUCUCCCAAAUCUUCAGAAUGUCUGCAAAGCAACACGCCCGAUUCAGAAAAUCCUCAACAUGCCAUUCGAGAUCGAAUGGGAGAUUCAAAAAAUUGUUCGUCUGCUCCCACAACCACUUUACAUGGCUUACACUAAGCUUUUGGCUUACUCAGAAGUUAUUGACAAUAAUCUCUCAGUGUCAGUUGAUGGCAAUGAAGAUGAAGCACUUCAGUUGGAAAACGAACGUAAACAAGGAAAGGAUGAGAAGGAAUUAGAUGAAAAUGAAGAUUCUGAGAACGAAGCUGAGGAAAAUGAUUUCGAAGAAUCGGAUAAUCGAAGAAAAGUUCAACGACGACAGUCAAGAAUUGAAUCGCAGAAUCAGAAGCGUCAGAAACUUUUCGCUCAUCAUCCUUUGAGUGUUCAAUUUCAACUGAAAUCGAAGAAAAGAAAGGAAACUUUGUCAGUGACAUUGAAUUAUCUUCCUGAUAUGUCAAUUGUGACUGUUCAAGGAAAAUUUAAUCUUGACAACGCGCAAUCUGUUGCAGCUGGUGACAUCAUGACACCAGAUCGAAUCUUAAGUGGUUUGUAUGAAGGCGAUUAUGGUAUGGAGAGUCCAAGUCCUCAUACAUCUUACCAACUUCAGAAUGUUCAAUUAAAUCCAAAAGAUUUAAGUAAAUUAUUAGACGAGAAGAUGCUGGGAAAGCCUUACAAAUGGGCACAAAGGUUAUGUGGAAUAAGCGUAACAUCGAAGCUGAAUAUUGACGAAUCUUUCAAACUUUGCGACGAGACAGUUCCACAGUUGAUUCGUCAAAUGCAUAAACGUGUAUCGGCAAGAAUGAAACUUUACCAUCAAAUUCAGUCACUUGAGAUUGGGAAAAUAACAAUCAGUGGAAAUGUUCGCAUCUCGUCAAUCCUUCAACAAUUUGUAUCGCUUUCUUUCGCUGAGUAUUCAGUUAUUCCAUGCACAAAAAGAUUCAUUGAAAGUGAAAUUGUUGGUGCCAAUGACUUGUUUUAUCGAGCGGUUGUAACACGUGGAUCUGCCAAACUUGAGUGCUACAUCGCUGUUCGAGACAAUUUUCCAAUCUUUGCACUUCAAUUGAGCUAUGACAACAAAUACAAUGCCGAAAAUUCAUCGCAUAUUCGAGAAAUCGAGGGAUUUGUUAACGGAAUAAAAUGUGACAGUGUUGAUAAUGUUCUGUCACUUCAACUACAACGUGCGAUGACAUCGCUUGAUAUUUUCCUCGAGACUGAAUCGUUUCAACAUCAAGAUGGGGAAUUUCAUCAAGAAAAGAAUUUUUCGUGUAGUUUCAGAGGCAGAGGACGGUCACGACCUUAUCAACCGAAGGUUGUUGGCUGUACGACGUCAUUCAAACACAUUGGAUAUUAAAAUCCUUUCAUAAUCUUCUUUUUUCCAUUAAGAUUUCAGGGAUUGGAAUGAACUUUGUUUCCAAUAACAUAAAAUGCAGAACUAUUUGCCAUCUCUGAAAACAAUCAAAUCAAGAAAUAAAAAAAUGUUCACAAUUUA